AUGGAGGAUGCGCCUCACGAUGAAGGUGUAAUUGGAAAUAACCUUGAUUUUCAGAUACAUUGGUACAAGUAAUAAUGUAACUUGAACUGAGUGGAGUGAAUUGGGUCUGGAAUGAUACGCGUGAUUCUUAAUUUCUGACGUGCGCGCUGGGCAAGUUGGAUUCACACGUAUAAUUUCACACCAAAAUUGCAUGACACAAAGUUUAAUUGUAUAACUACUUCAGUAGUAAAUUAUAUUGAUGAGGAAGUGAGUUUGUUCAAAAGUGGGAGCAAAAAGGGGUCUUAGACUCAUUUUGUGAUCGAAGCAAAAAUGAUGCGAUAUAGAGCAAAAGGAUUUGGACAAAAAUGAUGCGAUUUACACCAGAAAUGACACAAUUUAGAGCAGAUGUGAUUUAUAAUUAAAGCCAAAAAUAAUACGAUUCGUAACAAAUCACACUGCUGACAGCCAAUCAGAUUUCAGGGAUUAACAGUGAUUUCAAAAUGAACGUCAAACACAAACAAAUAGCACAUGUUACCAAAUGAGAGGCUUGAGCUGUAUAAGAGCAACGAUAUAAUCUUACAAUACGGUGGAGUAACUGAAUAGAACUGUAGCAACUGAAAGCAACAAAACAUCAAUCUCCAUGCACUUGGCCGGGAAAGUGUUAUUGGUAAAAUGGCCUGGAAAUUCUACGCGUUUACUUUUGAAAUAUGGUCUUGUGGGAAACGUAUGCUAUUGUUUUACAGUCGUCGAUGUUGCGCCAACCGGACAGAUCAAGUCCAAGAGGCUGUCGGCCUGCCUAGAGGAAGUAGAAAAGAAGAAAAGAACGGGUGAGAGUUUGCUGAAUGAAGCCAAAAGGAUGCGACUGGUAUCGUUAACUCCAUCAGAGGUAGGAAUAUUUUUCCGCCCAUACAAGCUAUAAGGUGAUGGGUUGUUAAUGUGCCUAUUAAUGUAACGAUCGAGAGAAGGAAUUUAUAAUAUCAUAGCCUCGUUAAUACAGCUGGGGAAAAUGAGUGGAGGAAAGGAAAAUCCAUUAAGUGAGAUGAUUAGAAUAAAGCGAAACGCACCCGCCAUUUACUCUCAAUGUGCUCUUUAGGGAAUCUAUGUUGAAAUGUAUUAAGUAUUUUGAGUAAUGGGAACUUAAGGAGUUAUAGUUACUCCGUUUGGUCGCUCAUGAAGAACCGAGUCAGGUCCUAAGAGAAUUUUUUUUUAUUUUCUUGUAGUUGGAUUCAACAUUAAGGGUAAGGGAUGCCUACAUGACAUGGCACGAGGCCCUUUUCCCGCAGGAAACUGUUUUGCCUGUGUCGGCAGAGAAAUUGCGGGCUCUUUGUCAAAGUCUGUCCGACAUGGAAUAUUCAUGA